UUUUUCAUUUUGGUUUCAUUACUCUCAUCACCUCGCACGUGUGUACGUUGCACUUAAAUACAAAUUAAUUAAUCAAAAAUAUUAAAAAAAGAGUAAUAAUGUUAAAGAAAAGUAAACAAAAAUCCGUGGCAGAAAAGGUUGCCGAAAUCAUUGCCCAUCCCAAUCAAAGCGACAGUGAAUCAGAGAAUGAGGCACUGUCAAGGGUGCGUGUGGUCGACUUCGAUGAAGAUGAGUAUCAAAUGCCCGAUGUGGGGACCACGGAAUUUAGGAAACGCAACGUGAAAUUGCUGUCGGAGCAAAGUGCCAAGUACAAGGGAAAAAUUGCAUCAAGAAAGGAUUUUGAGGAAGAAGAUGACGCAGAGCUACAAUAUGAAGAAAGUGAUGAUGAAGAGGGCGAUGGAAACGAAAGCUAUGAGGAAAGCGAUGAUGAUGACGAGGAAGCAUUAAAGAAAUUUGGUGAUGCCCUAAAACAGGGUUAUGGCGCCUAUGAGGAUAGUGAGGAAGACCAAGAAGAUCAGGAGGAAGAAUCUGAAGAAGAAGAACAGGAGGAAGACGAUGAAGAAAAUGACGAUGAGGAGGAGGAAGAUGAAGAUGACGAAAAUGAAGAAACCCAAGUUAUUAGCAAAGUGAACCGCGAUGCCGAAAUCCAAAAAGGCAUUUGUGUACAAAAUCAAUUAAAGCUGUGGGAACGUCUUCUAGAGAUGCGUAUCAACUUCCAAAAAAUCCUGGCCAAAACCAAUCAAUUGCCCUCACCAACAGAAAUAAAAGAACUUGAAGAGAAGGAUGAUAAAAACAAAUCCACCACACAAGAGGUGACAAGACAAACUGAAAAUCUGCUGCAAAAUUUACUUACUUUGCAAGAUACCCUCUAUGGACAGAAUUCGGAACUGAGCAAAAGCGUAAAACCCUCGUCCAUUAAACGUCCAUGGCCAUUCAAACAAAAAAGUAGUCGAAAUGAUGAGCCACCCAUGAAGCAAAUGAACAAUUAUCUGCAAGAACGUUUCGACAACUUCAGUUCAUAUCGCAACAGUGUUCUCCUAAAAUGGGAUGAUCGUACAAAGCUUUUGCAACCGGGCGCUGGGGCCAAAAAGAAAUCCAUGAAUGAAGAAUUUGAUAUCAUCAAAAAGAUUAACAAUGCCCUUAUGAAUAAGUCAUUGCUAAUAGAAAAAUCACAGCAGGUAAAAAAUAAUGCACAAAAACAAAAUUCAGAGGAUGUAGAAAAUCAAGGGGAUCUGGCAAUGAAUUCAAACAUCUACGAUGACAGUGAUUUCUAUCACCAACAACUGAGAGAACUUAUUGAAUAUAAAGCUAAUACGACAAGUAAUAUGAGCGAAGUGACCAAACAAUAUCUGGAAUUGCAGAAAUUGCGACAGAAAAUGAAAAAGAAAGUCGAUACAAGGGCCAGCAAGGGUAGAAAGUUACGUUAUGUGGUCCACAAUAAACUAAUCAAUUUUAUGGCUCCCCAUGAUAAUUGCAGUUGGAAUGAUGAAUCCAAAGACGAGUUGUGUAAAUCGUUGUUUGUAUGAUCGCCGAGAAACUUGUGGAUAGUUUAUAAGUGAAUUUUGUUUUAUGUAAAGACAUGGGAAAAUAUAAGUUUGAAAACAAAAA